AUGAAGGGAGGCUCAAUUGAACUCGGUGAAGUGUCUAAAAAUGCAUCUGGAAGUAAAGGAGUGAAAAGAGGGUUAUCAAUAAUGGAUUUUAUUUUGAGAAUAGUUGCAGGUGUUGCAACACUUGCUAGUGCUGUUGCUAUGGCAACAACUGAUGAGAGGCUUCCGUUUGCUACUGCUUUUAUACAAUUCAGAGCUGAAUAUGAUGAUCUUCCCUCAUUUGUGUUUUUUGUGAUGGGAAACUCAAUUGUUUGUGGAUAUCUUGCACUUUCACUAGUCCUGUCAAUAUUCCAUAUAGUGAGGAGCGCUGCAGUAAAAACUAGAAUUCUCCUCAUUGUUCUUGACAUGGUAAUGAUGGGUGUGCUAACCGCAGCAGCGUCAGCAGCAGCAUCGAUUGUGUACAUAGCGCAUUAUGGAAACACACAAGCCAAUUGGUUUCCUAUUUGCCAACAAUACAACAGUUUCUGUGAACGUAUUUCUGGUUCUCUUAUUGGUUCUUACAUUGCGGUUGCUAUGUUCGUAAUCAUAAUCAUCCUAUCACAAGUUGCAAUCUCUCGAAACUGA